GGGCUCUUGCUCUUACCUCCACUCAAACACCGUCCCAGCCACGUCUACUUCCUCCCCCCCUCUCUUCUGCUCUGAUUUAGGUCUCAGAUUUCUUCGCCCGUUUCCUUUCUGCGAGCCUUAGCUUCCGAUUCGCAUUCGUUUCGAUCCCGGAAUGGCGAUUCUGAGGAAUCUGGGGGCUGGUUUGGCUCUGUUGACGAUUAUCGGGAGCCUCACGUGCGCGGAAGCCCUCGCGGCUUCGAUUUCCUCAACGUGCCCCUUGCGGAAUCCGGUUAGAGACUCGAUCUUAGGGUUCCGAGAUUUCACGUGCCCGGUUGAUGAGAUCGAUUCUUCCUAUGCAUCCGAUGUAGUUGAGGGAAAUGAGAUGAUAUUGCAAAGGGCAUUGCAUAUGAUUCACCAGAGAUCACAUAAAUAUGUUGUUUUCCUCUUCUAUGCAUCAUGGUGCCCGUUCUCUGAAACUUUUAGACCAAUCUUUUCUGUUCUGUCUUCUUUGUUCCCUUCAAUUCCCCACUUCGCAAUUGAAGAGUCAGCUAUUAAGCCAAGUACUCUCUCAAAAUAUGGAGUUCAUGGCCUUCCCACGUUGUUGAUUCUGAAUUCUACAAUGUGUGCUCAAUAUCACGGCCCCCGGACCCUUGAUUCUUUAAUUACUUUCUAUAAUGGUGUAACUGGUGUCAAGACAGCAACAGAAGAUGUAAUAUCAUCCUUAGAGAAGGUCGGAUGUUCCUCAAACCAGCAUGGGUAUAAAAGUGGCAGUGAACCAGAAAGUUGCCCAUUCUCAUGGGCAAGGUCUCCCGAAAACUUACUUCGGCAGGAGACAUACUUGAUGCUGGCAACGGCAUUUGUUCUCUUGAGAUUGGCCUAUGCCCUUUUCCCCCACAUCCGCAGGUUUGCCCGAUUCGCUUACACGAGCUACAACAUGAGAAUAAGUUCCUUGUGGGAGCACCCUCUCCUCUACAUGCGCCGUGGGUUGCAAGUAUUUGAUUCGUUAAAGGAACAAUGCAAGCGAAGCAAUUUGCAGGAAGGAGCUAUGAAUGCCAGGGCAUGGGCCUCAAAGUCUCUGGCUUCCGUCUCAUUUGGUGAAGCAAGCACGAGUCGUGUUGCGCCUAGGUAAGUUUGAUUAAUUCGACACUUAAAAUUUCUAUAUGAUUAGAAAACAUUCUGCUUGCCUCCAUUGGGGUUGAUUUCGUUACGAGCCGAAAACCCAUUUUUUCUUUUUCUUUUUCUCUUCCUUUUUACGCGUUCAAAAUAUUUGGAUGUUGAAAAAUGAAACAACACGCAUGACUCUUGUCGUUGUAUUGUUGUAGAUACAAGUGUCAUCGUCAUUUUCGCCUCAUUGUCAAAAGACAGUGCUAACCUGUUUGUAUAUACAGUAACAUUUAGCGAAUAAGCUAAAUUUUUGAAUCUAGAUAUUUGUUGAACUCUGCGUGUGAAACUCAUUGUCCUCUUGAUCAUCAUCUCAUUAAACAAAGCUGUGUUAG